AGCAACUGCAAAACAAUCUAAAAACCCUAGGCACACUCUCCUUCCAGGUCUAACAGUCGCGCUUCCUCGAGUUUCUUCCUCAAGAAUCCAUUCCCUCUUGAAUCUAUUUCUCUCUCGGUACCUAUAGAGAUAAAGAGAAUCUGCGAUCUAAGUUUUCGAAAACCAUGGCGGACGUGGAUAUUGAUGCCCGUGCGACUCAGUUAAGGAUUGAUUGGUCUCAGGUCGAUCUCAAUUCAAUCCAAGUUCCUUCUGGAGAAGACUGCGGGAUUGAGAGUGAUGAUGAAGAAGUUUACCACGAUGACCAGCUAGAAUUCGACACUGGAUUCGGCAACAUUAUCGUGGUUGAUAACCUCCCUGUUGUUCCCGCGGCGAAGUUUGAGAAACUAGAAGGUGUUGUGAAGAAGAUUUACAACCAGUUGGGUGUCAUCAAGGAGAGAGGACUGUGGAUGCCCGUCGAACCCGAUACCGGGACUACAUUAGGCUACUGUUUCAUUGAGUUCAAUACCCCUCAGGAAGCUCAAAACGCCAAGGAGAAGAGUCAAGGCUACAAGCUAGACAGGUCUCAUAUCUUUGCCGUCAACAUGUUCGAUGAUUUUGACCGGUUGAUGAAUGUGAAAGAGGAGUGGGAGCCGCCUCAAGCCAGGCCAUAUGUGCCAGGGGAAAAUUUGCAAAAGUGGCUUACUGAUGAAAAGGCUCGGGAUCAGUUGGUCAUCCGUUCUGGCCCUGAUACUGAAGUUUUAUGGAAUGAUGCUAGGCAAAAGAAGCCUGAACCUGUUCAUAAGCGUCCUUAUUGGACAGAGAGUUAUGUGCAGUGGUCUCCUCUGGGUACAUACCUUGUGACACUUCACAAGCAGGGGGCAGCUGUUUGGGGUGGUGCUGAUACCUUCACCCGUCUCAUGCGUUAUCAGCAUAAUAUGGUAAAAUUAGUCGAUUUCUCGCCAGGUGAGAAAUACCUGGUAACUUACCAUAGCCAAGAACCAAGCAACCCGCGUGAUGCAAGUACAGUAGAGAUAAAGGUCUUUGAUGUGAGAACCGGGAGGAUGAUGAGAGAUUUCAAGGGUAAUGCUGAUGAGUUUUCAAUUGGAGGACCUGGUGGUGUUGCUGGUGCCUCUUGGCCUGUUUUCAGAUGGGCUGGUGGAAAAGAUGAUAAAUACUUUGCCAGGCUCAGCAAAAACACUAUAUCUGUCUAUGAGACUGAGACUUUCAGCUUAAUAGACAAAAAAUCCAUGAAGGUUGAUAAUGUUGUGGACAUCUGCUGGUCUCCUACCGAUUCCAUCCUUUCACUGUUUGUGCCUGAACAAGGUGGUGGGAACCAGCCUGCCAAGGUCGCUCUUGUCCAAAUCCCUGGCAAGGUGGAGCUAAGGCAGAAGAAUCUCUUCAGCGUGAGCGACUGCAAGAUGUACUGGCAGAGUAGUGGAGAGUAUCUCGCUGUCAAGGUUGAUCGAUACACAAAAACAAAGAAGAGCACAUACUCUGGAUUUGAGCUUUUCCGCAUCAAAGAAAGGGAUAUUCCAAUCGAGGUUCUUGAGCUGGACAACAAGAACGACAAGAUCAUUGCUUUCGCGUGGGAGCCCAAGGGUCACAGGUUCGCCGUGAUUCAUGGUGACCAACCAAGGCCAGAUGUCAGUUUCUACUCGAUGAAGACCGCACAGAACACUGGAAGGGUUUCAAAGCUCGGUACUUUGAAGGCCAAACAAGCCAAUGCCCUCUUCUGGUCGCCUACAGGCAAGUACAUAAUUCUUGCUGGGUUGAAAGGUUUCAAUGGCCAGCUUGAAUUCUUCAACGUGGAUGAGCUCGAGACGAUGGCCACAGCUGAACACUUCAUGGCCACAGACAUUGAAUGGGACCCAACUGGAAGGUACGUUGCAACCGCAGUGACAUCAGUCCAUGAGAUGGAGAAUGGUUUCAGCAUCUGGUCUUUCAACGGAAAUUUGCUUUACCGGAUACUUAAGGAUCAUUUCUUCCAAUUGGCGUGGCGCCCAAGACCGCCAUCAUUCUUGUCUCCAGAGAAGGAAGAAGAGGUGGCGAAGAACUUGAAGAAGUAUAGCAAGAAGUAUGAAGCAGAGGAUCAGGACGUGUCGUUGCUGUUGAGUGAACAAGACAGAGAGAAGAGGAAGGCGUUGAAGGAAGAAUGGGAGAAGUGGGUGAUGAAGUGGAAGUCACUGCACGAAGAGGAGAAACUCGCAAGGCAGAAUCUCAGGGAUGGUGAAAUCAGUGAUGAGGAAGAAGAUGAGUAUGAAGCCAAAGAAGUUGAGUUUGAGGAUGUUAUUGAUGUCACUGAGGAAGUCGUCUUGUCCGACUAUGCUCAAGAAUGAAUGUAAGCUUCGUCUUCAGUUUCUUCUCCUUUUUAGUGUCCGAAUUCUUAGACAUGAAAUGUUUCUUUCUUAUUAUUUGGUUUUUUGUCGCAUGUUCCUUGAAAUUUGAAGAGAAUUUUCAAUUUUGGUUACUUGGAUAUUGUGUUUCUUUCUCGAGUUUUCCUAAUUAUGCAUUUCUAUAAAUUAAUCA